UGCCUUCCGUGUAACGCCGGGAACUUCUCAAGAUUUUCAGGGCAGAGUUUCUGCUCCUCGUGCAGUGCAGGGACAUAUUCCACGAGUGGACAAUCAAGUUGCAAGACUUGUGCAACAGGCUCCUACUCACGUGGCGGAUCUUCGUCGUGUAUGUCUUGUCCUCCUGGCAAGAAGCCUGAUUGGUCUUGGUCGCGAUGUGAGUCAUGCCCUGGAGGCCAGUACCUGCCCAGUUGGUCGACAACUUGUGAAAGUUGCGGCGCAGGCAGGUACUCCUCAUCGGGAGCUACUGUGUGCCUGACCUGCCCAGCUGGCACAUUCUGGCCAUAUGAGGGAACCGGAUGCCUGGCCUGCGAUUAUGGCACUUGGUCGCUAGCAGGGAGCUCUAGCUGUCAAGGAUGCUCAUCAGCCAGUUUCUCAAAUCUUAAACCGUUGACUUGCAGCUGCCCUCCUGGAAACUCGUGGAGCAUCGGGUCCACCAGCUGCACACCCUGUGCUGCAGGUAAAUAUUCCAACGGCACAGCUCCGUGCGAAUAUUGUCCUCCAGGACAAUAUUCACCAAACACAUCCUCAACAAACUGCAGCGUGUGCGGAAAUGGCACUUACUCUACUUGGUAUGGUUCGACUCACUGCCAGACUUGU